CACACACGUCUCUCUCUCUCUCUCUCUCUCUCACGCGCGCGCGCUGUGUGAGUGUCAAGUGUGUUCCAGCUCGGGGCGACCAGCGUACGAACGAAGCGGGGGCGGCCAGAGCUGAUUUUGUGGGGGCAAGGGUUUGGUGUUUUGACAGUGACCUGUUCAGCAUGCGUCCUUUGACUGAGGAGGAAACGACCAUCUUCUUUGAGAAGUUGACCAAGUAUAUCGGCGCCAAUGUCAAGCUGCUGAUUGACCGACCAGAUGGCCUCUACGUCUUCCGCCUGCACCGUGACCGCGUCUUCUAUGUCAGUGAUGCCAUCAUGAAGCGGGCCACGUCUUUUGGUCAGAAGAACUUGAUCAGCCUCGGUACUUGCUUUGGCAAGUUUACAAAAAAGUCCAACCAGUUCAAGCUCCACGUCACCGCCCUGACGUACUUGGCCCCCUAUGCCCAGUACAAGGUCUGGGUGAAGCAGUCUUCAGAACAGUCGUUCCUGUACGGCAAUCACGUGCUCAAGAGUGGUCUGGCUCGCAUGACUGAGAACACACCCCAACACCAGGGCGUGGUCGUCUACAACAUUAAUAACAUCCCGCUGGGAUUUGGUGCCACCUCCAAGUCAACCCAAGAGUGCCGCACGCUGGACCCGGCCGCCAUUGUCAUCUACCGCCAGGCCGAUGUCGGCGAGUACCUGCGCGACGAAGACACGUUGUAAGUCAAGUCUUUUUGCAGCGUGCUGAUUAGCUUGUGCCCCCGGGCUCUCCAUAUGUGUGCGCAUGUGCACAAGGGGCUUUCGGGUUUCCUCUUUUCUCAGUCUGGGCAGAGCUCGUGUUGUUUGGGUCGAGGCCUUGGUGCCGUGCCCCGAGGCCCGCGUGUGGCCCAUGUCCCCAAGUUACCGUAAUCCACUCUGUCACUCGUC